AUGGCAAAGCUGAUGGAGAUUGCGACGAGGCAGGACGCCCUGUCGUCGACCUCGCAGCUGGAAUUGCUCGACUCCAAUCGAUCGCAGACCUGGAUAGCUGGAGAUCCCGCGCAGGUCGUAGGGACGACAAAUCUCUAUCAGAAUGGGCAGGUUCGCUGUAUUCCUAUGCCGUCGCCAGACCCGAAAGAUCCGCUGAAUUUACCCACGUGGCGAAAGGUUGCCGCCAUAGUAUCUGUGUGCUUCUUUGGCGCGCUCGCCUUGUCGGCCGAAACCAUCAUCGGCGCUCUCACGCCGGUGUUCGCCCUGGAAUAUGCAGGAAUCAACCCCAUGAUCCUGGGGACGAUAGAUAUAUCGAAACUGGGACCGCCCGGCGUCGUUGACCUCAAUCCGUUGAAGCUUUUGGCCGGCCUAGGCGGACCGCCGCUGUGGAAGAUCUCCUUCCUAUCGACGCUGCCGCUCCUCACGAACGGCAUCAGCAAUUAUCUCCUCGUGCCUCUGUCGAUAUCCAUUGGACGACGUCCAGUCAUGCUUGCUUGUGGGGUUUUAGCAUGGUCGGGUGGCUUCGCCGCUGGCAUGAGCCGAUCUUUAAAUACCCACAUCGCGGCGAGAUGUGUACAGGGUGUUGGCGCUGGCGCCGUGGAAGCCCUGAUUCCCUUGAUCGUGCAGGAUCUGGUGUUUAUCCACCAGCGAAACAGAGCAAUGUCCUCUAUCUGGGCGGCACAGGGACUGAUCAUUGUCUCGAUCGGCAUUGCUUCGCCAGUGAUGGUGGUCACCCCCGGACUGGGUUGGAGAACCGUGUACUUUAUGACUGCAGGAAUAGCGGUUGGAGCAUGGCUCAGUUUGUGCUUCUUCUUGCCAGAAACGCGGUGGACGCGCUCACCUGAAGAGCUAGCUGGAAAGUCCGUCUACCAUCUGGAACCUGGCGAAAACCGCCCGCGUCUCGACACCAACACGUACAGCCCUCGGACAACGUGGACCAAUUUCGGCGUCUUCCAAAACGGAUUCGAAAACAAACAGGCGGCGAAGAGCAUGCUCGAUACGCUUCGAACCAUGCUCUUUCCCACGGUGCUCUGGGUCGUAGCAAUCAACAGUGGAUUCAUCUCCGUGCAAAACGCUGCAGCCCAGACCGCGUCAUCCGUUCUGAUCGCAGCAGGGUGGAAAUUUCGCAACCUAGGGCUAGCGGUUGUUCCCAUCGUUGUUGCAACACCCUUUGUAGCUCUGCUCGGAGGCUACGUGGCAGACAAGGUUUCCAACGCGAUGGCAAAACGCAACGGAGGUCGUCGCGAAGCUGAAACGCAUCUCAUCAACGCCAUCUUUCCACUGCUUUGUGGAAUUGCCGGAUGCUUCCUUUUUGGCUAUGGUGGUCAGCAUAUAACGACUGUGCACUGGCCGCUCCUCCUCGGCGGAAUCUUCCUGAUCGCCGUCGGCUUCCUCACGGUCAACACCGUCCUGGCCGUCUACAUCGUGGAGAGCUACCCGCAAUGGGCAGGACCCGUCCUAGUCAAUGUCUCGAGUUUCCGGUGCGUUGUCGGCUUCGCCAUGUCCUUCCGUGCCACGACCUGGGUCGAGCAGCGCGGGUUCUUUGGCAGCUUCGCCAUCUACGCUGGCGUGCUCGCCGCGCUAACGGCGCUGCUUCCGCUGUUCUAUUUCUACGGCAAGCGAUUCCGGCAGUGGACGGCCGGCACGAUCCAGAACGUGGCAUCAUCCGACGAGAGGAAGGACUCGUACAUGGAUUACUGA